AUGCACGCUUCGCAGGCCUCGCAGGCUUCGAGUCUUAGUCACGCGCACAUAGCCGGCGCCGGUCAACAUGUCACACUGCCCAGCUCACUGCUGUGCGUGCGUGCAAGAGCUGCAACAGCGCCCACUCGCAUGGACAAGACAGAUGUCAUCCUGGACGCGGUCAGCGUGCAGUCUCAGAGCUCUCAGCCUGUCAUGCUCCGCAUUGACGCCGAUCUCGCUCUUUCACUCUGUCACAAAAUUUUGCCAGCAAUGGAUCACAUCGGGCGCCCACGCCACUACAAUGAGCAAUCUUUGGCUGCGAUGCCGAGCGAAGGAUGGCCAGUGCUAGGAUCGGCGGUCUUCCGUAUCGAUCAGCUCGUGUCGCUUCCUUCGAUCCUGCAGAGCCUCGGUUUGGCCGACUCGCAGCAAUUGACGGGCGCCAGUGUGGACAGCGAGCAGGGUGUCGCGAUGUCGGCAGCAAGCGACUUCGGACUCCCUUCAGAGCACAUCGUCCGUCGGGCAUGGGUCUCGCUCAUGCACCUGUCACAAAAUUCAUUUUGCCUGUCGGUGCUGCACCCCCAGAUUUCGCAUCCCACUCGCUCUGCCUCCGCCUCUGCCUCUGCCUCUCCCACUGCACCGCGGCUCCCGCAGCAAGAUGUCCUGACCCACCGUGACCUUGCGGGCCACUGCUUCCAUCCUCGCUCGGCAACGAACGUUGCAGCUUCAAUGCGUGCAACCGACCGCCCUUCCAACCCAAGCCUGCACCUCCCUCGCUACCUUGGCGCUCCCACUGUCCUGUCAGAAAAUGUUUGUGCGCCGCUUCGGGAUCUUGCCACUUCCACACCAUCCCAUCCUGAAGCAGCAGAAGGGGCGAGAGCUGACCCAGUGCGGCAAAGUCUAUUCUUCGAGCAUGCCAGUGCCUCGGCGGCUCUGACCAGAAGCAGCAUCACACGUGGCUCGCACCCGCCCAACCCUUCAUUCUCCCUUCAUUCGCUUCCCAACCGUCUUUCAUAUAUACGCAUCCUCUCGCAAGGUUCCCGUCAAAUCACAAGGCUGCCGCCAUCCGUGAUCCAGAAAGUGGUAACGCUCCUGCGUCCCGCCGCGCGUCUGCACAUCAUGUCAUACGCGGCGCUCAACACGCAGUACAAUCUGCCCGCCCCGCCUGCCCGGAGUGUCUUUUCGACCAUCCGUCAUGCCAGCGGUCGUGCUUGGUUCCCCGACUUCACCAACGAGUCCGAUCCGGUCGCCGCAUUGCAGGACUUUGUCCGUAUCCUCUUUUAUCCCGUCCUGCGCAACAGCACGUUUGUGCAACUCAAGAUCCUUUCGGUGCUCGUCGCCAUCAUUGGCGUGUCGAUCUUCCUCAUCAUCCUCCGUCGCCUCUAUGAACGAUCCUUCUGGCUCUUUCGUCUCGUUUCUCGCAGCAACGGCACGCUCAUCGUGCCCAACGCCAUCACCGCUUUCGUCGCCGUCGAGAGCGCCUUCGCCAUUCUCUUGAUUGCGUUAUGCUGGGAAGUGAUCGCCUGGUUCCAGCACGGCCACUCGCCCAAAUACAUCAUCCUUUGGAUCGGAUUGACCUGGCUUCCACUCAUCCUCGGAGCGUGGUGCACAACCGUCGGCAUCAUCUACGCGCGUCCCGAUGCGCUCAGCUUCGUGUCGCCCCAGCCGGGCAAGCCUAGCAGCUGGGCACUGCGACUCGGCAUCACGCCCACCGUGGUCAACGUCUGCGUCUUUACGAUUCCCGUCAUUCAGACCGUCAGCGUCGUGAUCCCAGCCGUGCUGGCACAGCGUCAGUUCAGCAUGGCCUUCGAGCACUACCGCCGCUGGUCGGACGCGCUGCCGUCCGGCGCCACCCUCUCGCGCGAACUCCUGCUCGAGGCUCAGCAGAUCUGGUUCAAGGUGCUUGACGCGGCCUACUACCUAUCCAUCUGUAUGGCGGUGUGGGAAGCAUGGGUAUGCGGUCUGUUCAUCUGCUAUUGCUUGGCUGGUGGCUCGCUCAUCGCCAUGCUCCGCGAUCAGCUCGAGACGCUCAAGUCGUUCAAGCAGAAUCGCUCGUUUAGCGAGUCCUUUGCCAUCCAGAAAAAGGGCAAGCCGACCCCGGUACGCCGCACAAGCGAAGUAUAUGCAGCCCCAGCCAUGCUCCCGCAAGCCGUGGCCGCGGAUGGCGAUCUCGAAAAGCAGAUGUUCGGCACCUCGGAUACGGGCAUGCUCUCCGUUCAAGCGCCACCUCGCUCGCUCUCAAUCACUUCGAAUGCGUCGGACAGCGCCACACUCGUAUCGGGCGACACAGGCUUCAAGCGCUCGCCGAGCCUUACCGCUCCGAACGGCAAGCCGGCUCCGGGAUCGCGCAGGGGCACGUCAGAAUCCGUCGUCGCUGAAACGGCUGCUCAGACGGCUUCGAUGUACUUCACGCGCGACGAGCUCGAGAACGAGGACGAACCGGCGCAAAGCUUCUUCCCGGCGGUGCGCCCGUCAGCGUUUGAGCGGCCGACCCAGGCACAAACCGCGGCAGGCAAGCAGAGUUCGCACAAGCGCUACCUGGAGAAGUUCUACUUGAACUUUGUCGUACAGUUCGCCGGGCUCAUGAUGUGCAUCCUCUUCUUCGCCGUCUUCUGCGGAAAGCUCAUCACGACCUGGUACUCGGCAUGGGAGGCCAACGAGUUUGCAAUGGCGCUUCAGACUGCGCUGCUCGUGGUUGCAUGGGUGACGGUGGUGCUGGCGAGCAUCAUCAUCUUUGCCAUCCUUAGCCGUACGUACGAGCCCGUGCUCUCCAACUUUGGCGCGGUGACUACGAGCCGCAGCAGUGGCAGUCGACGCGCCAGCUUGGUUCGCGCAAACAAUGCCGGCUCGGGCGGCGCUCGCAAACCCGGGCGACGUCUGAGCGAGGCCAAGUCCUGGGCGCUGUCGACGCUCUCGCAGCUGUCCAGCGGCGAAGAUCGACGCAGCCAGGACAUUGGCUUGGACCGCGUUCGUCAUGGGCGCGGCAACAGCCGCGGCGGCUCCUUCUCGGGGCCCGGUCGAUCGUCUCUUCACGGCUAUUCCGAGCUCGACGGGGAGCACGUGUCUCCGCACGUCGAGCUGGAUCCGCCCAGCCCCAAGAGUCAGCCUUUGACGCUGCGCAAGCCGACAUCCAGCUCGACGCCGGACUUGCAAGCGGCGAAGCCUUCGUCGAGGCAGCCGCACGAGCCUCGCCGGCAGCGAUCGUUCCGAAGCGCGAGCUCGUCCAGCAAGAGCACCAAGGCGAGCGGAGUGAUGGUGGAGCAAACAGUCAGCACCAUCAUUGAAGACCCGGCAAUAGAGGACUACUACCGGAUCGAGCGACCAGCCCGUGCAGCACGCACUUCGCCGAGCAAGUCGGACCUGUCGGAGCAGGAGAUUUACACACCGCACACACUCGAUGGCGAUCUGUCCACGCCGGGACGUUUCAACAGCCACUGGGCCGAAAGUCCAACCACUCCGGCGACGAUCUGGACUCCUUCGACGCCAGCUUCCACCCGGCCGUUGAUGGGCGCCGACGGCAAGUCACCGCAGCUGCCGGACACCGUCGACGCAGAGGGGCAGGAAUGGGUCCUGCACUGCUCGCCUUCGGAUGCCGCUCCGCGUCCGUCGCGCGCGCACCGACCCACGGCGGGUGACGACUCGGUUGGUCUCGGCAUCGCAAUGGCCUCCACGCCAUGGACCGCGCCGUCGGUGUGGGACAGCGGCGAGCCUGAUGCGGCCCUUGUUCAAGAGGAUGCUGAGAUGCGGCUGCGCAUGGCCUCACGGCCUGCUACUGGCUCUUCUGCCAAGCGCUCUUGA